GCCGCCCCCGCCCCCGCCCCGCGCCCGCGCCUCCCGCGCGCAACAGUUCCCCCAAAGUUGCGGCCGGGGAGGCGCGAAGCCGGCGGGGGACGCGGCCUUAGCCCGGCGCGCGCAGCCCCAGGCGGGCGGCGGCAUGGGCACUCGGCAGACCAAGGGCAGCCUGGCGGAGAGAGCCAGCCCCGGCGCGGCGCCCGGCCCCCGCCGCGAACGACCCGACUUCUGGGCGUCGCUGCUGCUGCGCGCCGGGGACAAGGCGGGGCGCGCGGGCAGUGGGCUACCCCCCUAUCACCGGCGCGUCGGCAUGGUCCAGGAGCUGCUGCGGAUGGUGCGCCAGGGCCGGCGGGAGGAGGCGGGGACGCUGCUGCAGCACCUGCGCCAGGACCUGGGCAUGGAGUCAACCUCCCUGGAUGAUGUGCUGUACCGCUAUGCCAGCUUCCGGAACCUGGUGGACCCGAUCACACACGACCUCAUCAUCAGCCUGGCGCGCUACAUCCACUGCCCCAAGCCGGAAGGUGAUGCAAUGGGUGCCAUGGAGAAGCUGUGCCGGCAGCUGACCUACCACCUUAGCCCUCAUUCACAGUGGAGGAGGCACCGAGGGCUGAAGAGGAAGCCACAGGCCUGCCUUAAGGCCCUCCUAUCUGGGAAUCCUCCAGACAACAUGGUGGAUCUGUCAGGCAUUCCACUGACUUCAAGGGACCUCGAGCGAGUGACCAGCUACCUUCAGCGCUGUGGAGAACAGGUGGACAGCGUGGAGCUGGGCUUCACAGGCCUCACAGAUGACAUGGUUCUGCAGCUACUGCCAGCUCUCAGUACCCUGCCUCGUCUUACCACACUUGCCCUCAAUGGCAACCGACUGACCCGGGCUCUGCUGAGGGACCUCACUGACACCCUGAAGGACCCCAGCAAAUUCCCCAAUGUCACAUGGAUUGACCUGGGCAACAAUGUGGACAUCUUCUCACUACCCCAGCCCUUUCUGCUCAGCCUCCGGAAGCGCUCUCCAAAACAGGGCCACCUACCAACCAUCCUUGAGCUGGGUGAGGGGCCAGGUACUGGGGAAGAAGCCAGGGAAGGUACCGAUCAGCAGGACCCUAUAGGGAGUCCUGUGACACCUGCCAGGGGCCAGGAAAGUACAGAGUGUGUGAUUCAGACAUGACAUCACAAUAGGGGUCCUAACCAGUGAGUCCUUUCUGGACAGCCAAGACAGGUCAGGGUCCCUCUGAUCAGGAGAUGGUCUGGCCAGCCCUACCCAACUCUCACUAGGAUGAGAUCAGAGUACUAACCAGUUUGUCCUCAAACCCGACUCCCAGUACUUGCUCAAGGGGCUCGGAUGUUUCCAUUCAGCUGUCCUCCUAGACCAGUGCAUCUGGACCAGAAGUUCUUUAUUGGGCCCACUUACAAUUUAGGCACAGGCACCUACUCUAAGACUCUAGGAGCAUCUGCCUACUUCCCAAGGCCUUCUUAAAGGCAGUAAGUUUCAGAAUACCAAGUGUGGAAAAUCCAGUUUAAGCUGCAGACCUUUUAGGCAAUCUUAUCUAUAUAGGGCCUAGCUCCCUUAUCCACCAACCAGCACAACUUUUUCUACCAGGUCCUCCCAUAAUCUAGUCCCUGUAUUGGCUUUUCAAAAACUCACCUCUAGAACCAGUCCUACUUAGCAAAGAGGGAAAACUGGGUGUUCCUAACACCCUUAAACACUCCUAGUCCCCAACUCAAGCCCAAGAGAACUGUUCUGAAUUAAGUGGUCAAAGUCUGAACUCAUGGGGUUAUGGGGAAGAACAGCCUUACAGGCCAGGUAAGCAAACAAGAUGGCGUCUUUGCAUGGCACUGCAGCCAAGAACAGGGAUUGAGUGUGGGUGCCUUAAAUGCUUUGGAAUCUUUGCCCAAGUCCAGCUGUGCAAACAGCUGAGACUGCCCAGAAGUUUACAGUGCUGAAGCUGGACUGCCUAACACCUGACACUCUACUCUAAUACAUGUUUUCAAGGACCAA